GUUCCAAUGUGUACCUUUGUUACAAGAAAUCAGUUCCUGCAUCUAAUUCAAUUGCAUUUAAAGCUGGUUUAAUCUUCCGGUAUCCUAAGGAAGAUUAUGAAUCAUUCAAGUUGUCAGAAUCUGUACCUCUUUUUUGUCUUCCUAUGGGAGCUACUAUUGAAUGCUGGCCUCCUAAUACAAAACAACCGUUACCAGUUUUUUCAACAUUCGUGUUGACAGUAUCUAACUGGGAAAAGAUGUAUGGUGCUGCUAUCCAGUUUUAUGAACCUUACCCAGUUGAACAACUGUCUGAGAAGCAACUUAUGCAACUGGAACUUUUUACAACAGACAAGAAAAUAAUCACCACCAAGCCAGUGAACUCUAACAAGUGCAUCUGCCUUCUUUCGAAAUGGCCUUUCUUUGAGGCAUCUCGCAAGUUUUUGAUGUUUCUUUACAAAUUGUCCGUCUCUGGCCCUCAUCCUUUACCUAUUGAGAAGCACAUAUCUCACUUUUUGCACAGCGUCCCUUUUCCUUCACCACAGAGGCCAAGAAUUCUUGUUCAGCUGUCUGCCCAUGAUGCCUUAAUCCUGUCUCAGCCUGUCUCUACACCAUUGCCACUAAGUGGAGCAAAUUACAGUACACUCUUGAUGAAUCUCGGGCCUGAAAACUGUGCUACUUUGCUGCUGUUUGUGCUUCUAGAAAGUAAAAUCCUGCUUCAUUCUUUGCGGCCUGCAGUACUGACUGGAGUGGCAGAGGCUGUUGUAGCUAUGAUAUUUCCAUUCCAGUGGCAGUGCCCAUAUAUCCCAUUGUGCCCUCUGUCUCUGGCAGGAGUCCUUAGUGCACCUUGUCCUUUCAUAGUUGGCGUGGACUCCAGAUAUUUUGACCUUUACGAUCCUCCUCCUGAUGUUGUCUGUGUAGACUUGGACACAAACACUAUAUUUCUAUGUGAUGAUAAGAAGAACAUGACCUGGAAGAACUUACCAAAGAAACCUUCCAAAAAUCUCAUCAGUGCACUUAACAACAUACAUCCUCGUCUAGCAUCAGUUCACAGAAAAGCUCAAGAUGGCUCAGCUGUGGAGAUGACUCCCAUAGAGGCCGAUUUCUCUUGGCAGAAAAAAAUGACCUCCCUUGAAAUGGAGAUACAAGAAACUUUCCUGCGUUUCAUGGCAUCCAUCCUGAAAGGAUACAGGGCUUACUUGAAGCCAAUUACUAGAGUUCCUUCAAAGAAAGCCACUGCAGCUGACUCACUGUUUGAUCACCAAGGAUUUCUAAAGAGCCGAGAUCGUGCACAUCAGAAGUUCUAUAUGGCACUAACAAAAACUCAGAUAUUUAUCCGUUUCGUUGAAGAGUGCAGUUUUGUGAGUGACAAGGAUACCUGCCUUGCAUUUUUUGAUGACUGCUUAGAAAAGCUUUUUCCAUCUGAGAAGGGCUCAGAAAAGGGCGACAAGGUUGAUGUAGAGAGUACUGAAGACAUCCGACUGAUAGAGUUCGAUGAAUCUCAGAAGAGUGAGCAUACAGUGUUCAUAAUGCCACCAGAACCACCACCCGAUGAUGGGACAGACCCACCGCAUAUGUAUAGGUAUACAAACUUUCCCAUGCUGAACUAUGAAUUAUUUGACAGACCUUUGGAAGCAAAGCUGUCAUUUAAAAGAAUACUAAACAAUAGUGCUUCUGACAGCCCAUCUCUCAUGGCAAAGCGAACCAAACAGGAGAUAAAAAGUGCUCAGAAGUUGGCAAAGAAGUUGUAUUCCAAUCCAGAACUUUGGGCAAAAUACCUGUACAGUCAUUGUUACAGCUUGUGGUUCAUCUGCCUACCAGCCUAUAUCAGGGUUUCUCAUUCCAAGGCAUGGGCACUGAAUCAGGCUUAUAACUUGCUUAUUAAAAUGAGGAAAGCUGAAGUGGAACCAUUGGAUGAGGUUUGCUAUCGAGUUGUUAUGCAGCUUUCUGGAUCGUGGUCCAACCCAGUUUUAGCUGUAAGAGUACUUUAUGAGAUGAAGACAGCUGGAGUUAAACCAAACGCUAUCACCUAUGGCUAUUAUAAUAAGGUUGUUUUUGAGAGCCUUUGGUCUACAAGUAAUCGCAGUGGGUUUUAUCUAUGGACAAAACUGAGAAAUGUUUUGCAUGGAGCAGCUCUCUUCAGACAGGCACUUAAAAAAGGUGCUGUGAACAGGCAUGUUGGAACCAAAGCAUCAUCAGUACCACUGAAUACUGCAAAUGGACAUGACGUGGAUGGAGUGAGUCAUGGCAGUGUGGAUAGCUUGAAUGAUACCAACAGUGGAGAACAUACACUGUUCGUCAGGGAUUUAGUCCAGCUACAUUCUUCUGCGAAUCACUCUAGUACAGGUGGCCAGUCGGACCAAGGCUAUGGCUCCAAGGAUGAACUUAGAAGGGAUGACUCAAGUAGUCCUCCUAUCACUGCAGCACUAACAGAGGUAGACUCACUCACUGACAUCAGUGAAAACAAAAUAGGAGAAAUGACUGUAGAUGGUUCUCGUAGUCCAUCAGCAUCCAGUACUGAAUGCUGGAGCCCUGUAGAAUUUCCUGUUAGUGGCAGCUGUAUUGUGAAAGUUCCAUCUGGUAUAUUUGAUUCUACUGGAAGAAAAAAGAGCUGUGGAAAUCCACUAAGUCCUCUCUUCCUAGCUUCAGGGGCAAUUGAAGAAUCUGCAUGUGAUGACAGCAACCCUUCUCUCUCUCCAAAGAUAGCCAGUGAUAUGGCUAUAGCAGGCCUGUCCAAACCUUUUGCAAAAAGGAGCUGCAGUUUCAGUGCUGAAAGCAAAGCAGGCAUGUUAUUAAAGAAGGGAAGCUUAGAUCUAACACCUGAUGAGUUAGUAAUAAAAAUGGGAGCAGAUGCCAAAAUACUUGCUCAAGCUUUAUGCACCUGUGCAAAAACAUCAUUGUUUGAUAUAAAGCAGCCAGACAGGUCUGAUGUAGUUGAUGGGCAGAAAGGAUUUCCUCUUGUUGAUAAUCCAACUUCUAUUGAUAGAAUCACAGAAGAACUAGAAAAUAAUGUGCCUGCUGAACUAGACGAGUCCAAAGAAUUGCAUGCUUCAGCAGAAGCUGAAGUUGACAAAAUUCAGGAUUCACAAAGCAUUUUGGAGGAGUUUUUAUUUGAAAAUGAAAGAACUAGAACUAACAGCUCAUCUGGCAAAAGGAAUAGCUUUUAUGCUGUGGUGAAACCUGUGGAAAGAGAGGAUGUGGCAGUAGGACUGGAUCCUCUGUCUUUAUUGGUUUUUGAGACUUCAAAACAAGAACCUGAAGAACCUGGAAAAAAUGUGCCACUGAUAGUAUCUCGAAACCUGGCUAAUGAAAUUGAAGAGUACAUGAAUCUGAAAAGCCCUUUAGGAACAAAGUCUUCAAGUAUGGAACUACCAUAUUGUGAUAAUGAUAAAGAUGUACAUUUGUCAUCUGAGCCUGCUCACAAGCAUGAACGACGGUCAAGUCUUCCAUCUUCCCCUGUGCCAAUUCCAGCAACACCAAAAAAAAGCCCACUUGUGUCUAGAUCUAAAACUUUUGCUGGGCCACCAAAAUCACUGACUCCAUCUCAUUCUCAUAAGGAACGUUCUUCAUCUUUAACAGGCCUAGUACGCUCCUCUCAGCAUGGCUCUCUGGGAUCUGUGGUUUCAUCAAUAUCUGGCUUAAAAUUGGAUACCUUGCUUUCAGGCCGAAAAAUGGAUGUUUUAAAGUCUGGUGUGAAACAAGCAGCUAACGUAGCAAGUAAAAUGUGGGAGGCUGUUGCAUCAGCAUAUUCAUAUUCUGAUGAUGAAGAACAGAAUCGAGACAAAUAUAACUUUCCUGUUAAUAACCACAUCAUAGAAGAUGGUCUGCCAUCACAGACAGGAAUCCCAGGGUUGGUGUCCGGUACACUUACACAGAGCUGUACCAGUAUUGGCAGCAGCAGCAGCAGUGGUGACACUGGGAAGUCACACCACAUGGCAGGUAGUGCCACUAUUUCUGGAGUGAGCAAGGAGCCAGAUUCUGAGAAGUCAGACUAUGGUUCAUCCCAUCAUGCUAGUUUUUCCAGCAUUUUCCAGAACUGUGCCAUGGAGGUUUUGAUGUCUAGUUGUUCCCAGUGUCGGUCAUGCGAUGCUUUGGUAUACGAUGAAGAAAUAGUGGCUGGAUGGACAGCAGAUGACUCAAAUUUGAAUACGUCUUGCCCUUUUUGUAAAAGCAUAUUCUUGCCUGUUCUUAACAUUGAGUUUAAGGAUUUGCGUGGCUCUGCAAGCUUUUUCUUAAAACCAGGUACAUCAGGAGACAGUUUGCAGAGCACUAAUGCAUUGACAGAUGUCCUGGACCCAAAGUCUGCACCAGACACAGCAGUGGCUGAUCUGAUUAACCUCACUGAAGCCGAGAAAUCUAAUACAUCUAGUAUUCAAAAAACAACAUCUGCAGACUCAAAGAGUGAGGAAGCACAGAUGGAAGUAACACAAGUGAAUGACGAAGUUCAGUCAUCUCAUGAGCAACUCAAACGAGGGACCUCCUUGACCCGAAGUCACAGUGUUGGUGGACCUCUGCAGAAUAUUGAUCUUUCCCAGAAGCCCUCCCAUGGUGUUUCAACAGCCAGUCUUCCUAACAGUUUGCAGGAGACAACAGGUCUUCAGGAAAAUAGGCCCAAUCCCUUGCCUAUAUCGGUACCUUACCUGAGUCCUCUUGUGCUGAGGAAAGAAUUGGAAUCCUUGUUGGAAAAUGAAGGAGAUCGAGUGAUUAAUUCACCGACAUUUAUCAACCAACAUCCCAUCAUUUUCUGGAAUCUUGUUUGGUAUUUCAGACGGUUAGAUGUGAUCAGCAACCUUCCUGGCCUUAUCUUAACAUCAGAGCACUGUAAUGGAGGAAUUCAGCUUCCACAGACUUCACUUUCUCAGGCUAGCAAAUCAGUUUUUAUCCAGCUGCUGUGGGACAACAUUAAUCUCCAUCAAGAACCAGGGGAGCCUCUGUACAUACAGUGGAGAAAUCAAGAAAAGAAAUCUGCUGUUCCUAUUGUUGAUCAGUAUGUGGAGGGUAGCAUUAUGCAUAGCAUAGUGAGAAGCAUCCAGAAUAAUGAUGUGUUUGGACCAAUCAGCCUCCUUCUCAUGGAGGUAAAAAAUAAUCCAGGUGUUAAACGUCAAAGGAGUUUCUACAGAGAAAUCCUUUUCCUUUCAUUGGUGUCUCUUGGAAAGGAGAAUAUUGACAUUGAGGCCUUUGACAGGGAGUACAAAUUUGCAUAUGAAAAGCUGACACAAGACCAGCUCAGGUUGAUGCAAAACAUCGACAUGCCUUCAAGUGUCAAUUUGGAGUGGUUCCGGAAGUACUUUGGAGCCUUAGUCAUCUAAGCGGAUGUGAUGAAUGAUGGACUGGAUGUAUCAAGCAGAAACUGGAUAUAAAGAGCUAUAUUACUGCUAACAUUCAAAGCAUCAUUGUCUUAAAAAUUGUGAUGCACAUAUGCCAGGAACAUCCUUGAUAACGAGCAAUAAUAUGUCUUAAAGCCGAUCAUCUGGUGUCACUUUAGGACAAUCAUGGCCUCUGCAUUUGAAUGCAAUAUUAAACUUUCAAUUCUGUGACAAAGCUAGAGGCCCUCCUAGUUGAAUGUACAGAAUGACACAGGUUGCUCACAAACUGUGAGGUUAGAAUUUCCUUGGUCAUAUUUGUAUUCUUCAGAUAACGUCCAGCACUAAAUGUAUCUCUGUGCAAUUGUAAAUGAAAAUAGCUUCUUAAGUGGGUCCACUACGUCUAGACUUGUAAUUGAGAACUGAAAGGCAGAUUGCUCACAAGAAGGACUGAAAUCUGUAAAGCACAUUUUUAAUAUUUCAGAAAUUGUUGGGGAGAAGAGACUGACAAGAGAAGUCGUAUUUUUGUAUUUAAAUGGCAAUCAUAAGGAGGACUGACAUCUGCAAAGCACAUUUUAAUAUCUGAAAAUAUGAAGGGAAGUAGGGGCUGACUAGAGGAGUGAUAUUUUGUACUUAAAUGGCAAUCAUUAAAUGCUUGUAGACUCUGUACAGAUGAAUUGUAGGAUUAUUUUUAUUAAUUUGACUGUACUUUGGAAAUGACCUUGUUGCACCUGUCUAUGCCCAAUUCCUACCCAUUAGUUUACGUAGUCUUGAAUUUUUCCUUGGACUGUCACCUACAGGAAAGUUACCCAAAGAAAGUAGAAAACCCUUUACUGUAUGAAUGAGCUGCCAUGGUCCAGGACCUUGUAGCAAAGAGUGCACAAAGUCCAUUCCAUGGUGUCACUUACAUUGGUGAUGCAGGGUGGGUAGCUAUUAACAGUAUCUCUGUUUGAAUUCUGGGUUGAGUAGAGCUUCUUUUAUCAGCAUUGAGAACUCUAGUCUUCAGCACAAAUUAGGUUAGCUCCAGCAGUGAGGAGGGAACAGUCUGUGGAGGCUGAUCCCUCCUCAUCCUGGCCCAUCCUUCAGUAUCCCAGGAUGGCAGUCUGAUGAGUGCUGACACUGUUGUUGUGAUCAGUUAACUUCUAGUGUCAUGUUUGUGAUCUGUGAUUUCUUUCAUUAUGCAGGAUACACAAUGUAAACAACACAGCAGAAGGAAACUCCAGUAGAGUUUUUUUGUUUUGUUUUUUAAGGAAAUAUGGUUGUUCUGCUUUGUUGGCUGUUUUAACCAGUUAAUGUAUAUAAGAUUGAAGGCAUGUGUAGUCUGUGUACUCCAUGAAUUUUAAAUCUGAAAACUUGUUUCAGCCUUUUAGACAUUGCACCAUUGUGGUAAACUGCUUAGUAGAAAAGAAUGCCACUGGUAUGGUUAAAUAGGAUUACCAUGCCAGUCAGGUGAACUAAAUGCACAUGUACCUGCAGUUUUUUGGAAUUCAUUGCAGGGAAUUAACUGUAUAACAUUUCACUGCAAAUUGAAGGCAUAUGAUUUACCAUGUGGAUCCUAACUAGAGCUCUGUUUCUGUAAACCCCCAUGUUAGUAUUCACUCUAUCACUUUCUGCUACGUGGGAACUUUUCAGUUCACAUUAAGCAUUCUCAGAACUGUUAUCUUUCAAACAGAAACGUUUUAUUCAUACUGUAAAUGUUUUUGUUUAACAAAAUGUUGCCCCUGUAUUCCUCCCAGGAUUUUGUCUGGACCUACAAUGUUUUUGAACUGCAGUAUUGUGAACCAUUUCUUUUUAAUUUAUUUAUUUCUUUUUUUUGAUUGUUUUGCUACUAAAAAACGUAUUUUGACUGCAUCGGAGUAUAAUGCACUCUAGGACCUACAAGCUUAGAAUAAAAAAAAAAAACAUUAUUGGGUACAGUUAUGUUUUGUUUUAUGUUAUGUUCUCUGGGCAUAUGUAUUCUGACAGUACCAAUAUAAUUAAAAAAAAAAAACAGAAAUCUGCCUCAGGUAUUUGUUGAGAAUGCCUGAGGAAUCUUUUUAAUAAGAAGUGCAACUUUUGCAUGUACCAUAGGGUGUAUAGAAAAUGACUAAAUAUUGAAAAAAUGCAAUGAAAAGGACAACUUGCAUAUUUGGGUGGGAAAUGUUAUUGACAAUGUACAGUACAUUUGCACUGGUGUCUAGACUGUACAUACAUUUAUUUGAUUGUGUCCUGUGGUCAGAUUGUUUUUCUCAAUCAUUUUGUACAUUUUAAUCUGAAUCCAGAUAUUUUUAAAGAAAUAAUAUUCUGUCUGUUGCCCAAAUUGUGUAUAGUUUACACUUUGAACAGCAAACAUUUAGAGUAUUUCCUGAAAUAAAUUGUAUAAACAAGUA